GGAGAGCACUCCGAUCUGAUCAGCACGGCGUUUUAACAAAGAAGGCCGCCCACAAGACUGAUGUCGGGUUUAGGGUAGUGAAUUUACACGGCCUAUUAUGGCUCAUGGAAAGGGAACCAUUACCAAAAUAUUGGCUUCCAGCCCUUCAUCGCACCCGGGUGCAGGAGAUACACAACCGAAUCAAGAAGAGCACGGAUGUUUGGUGCAGGAGGCCACUCAGCAAGCAUCUCUGAAGGAUGACCGUGAGGACCAGCUGACUCCUCCUGUUUCUGAAAAGCACGAUUACAUGAGUUGUGAUCCAAAUCCAGUGGACAUGGAGGAUACCUGCUCUGAGUACGACAACGUGGGCUCUGAUGUCGAGCAGGACUAUGAUGAAGUGCUGCAUUUGAACAGAGAUGGUGUUGUUGACAUGAGAUAUUACAAACAUUACUGUCCGGAGGAUGAGAAACACACAGUGGGGGAUAAUAAUAAUGAGAACAUCGCUGUUGCUGCUGCAGCUGCUGACCAGAUCACCCAGAAACCAUGUCGAAGCACGGAAAAAAGUGAGGAAUCACAACCACACACUAAGCCGUAUAAAACUGGGCAUCACUUAAGACCACAUUGUGCCAUGAUAGUUAGGGAGGAAGUAGAGGAGAGCAUUUUAAAAAGCCAGAGGGACAGAUUCUUCUUCAGUGAUGGAGAUGAGUUAGAAGAGGUACUAGAUGGGGCCAGAUUUAUUGAAGAUUUACAGGAUACCAAGAAUCAUAUUCAAAGGCCUGCAAUCCUUUACCAGGACAAUGGGAAUGACAGAAUUAGAAAGGGAGGCACUGAAAGGAAAAGAGAGGAUGGACCUCGAGUCCCAAGAAACCAUAAUAACCCUGAAGCCAGUAGAAAGUGUGAGCCGUCCCACAUGAAUUCAAAAGAGAGGGGGCGGCACUGUAAAGGACAAGGAAAGAGGGGAACAGGAAAGGAUACUGAGCAAAUUCCUCCGGGGAUGAAAGGAUGUGUGGCCAACAGCACCGAGCAACGUCUGAAGGCUUCGUCCAAGGACUGCAGAAAGUCUGCCGUGAAGUCCAAGGCGAGAGUUGGCUCCGGCAGGCAGAACCCUCCACCGGGCCAUGCUCAUGUGCAGGUAACUCCUGACAUCCAGGAGGCCCAGGCUGUUAGAGAGACUCCUCCUGGUCCCAGGCCCGGCCCCUCCGCUGCUUGCAGGCCCGAGGCCGAACCCAUGGUGAGCAAACAAUCACCUACUCCUCAUCACACACCUGAACAACAGCAGGGGAUUCUUGAGAAGAGGCAGAAGGAUUCUGAGAAACCCGAGCAGGUACAACUACAACAGGGUGAGAAGCCAAGCCCGGCCGUUCUGCCUGAGGAGGUGCCGGAGCCGCCCCGGAGGGCUCAGGGUCCAGAACUCGCCUCCGCCGAGGAAGACACCACUCCCAAGGAAACACAGGAAUCUGCUUCUUUCCCAAGCUUUGAGGAUGUCCCGGGUCCCUGCGAGCCGGAGGAUCUGAUAGACGGGAUCAUCUUUGCUGCUAACUACCUUGGCUGCACUCAGGUCCUGUCUGACAAAAAUCCCUCCAAGUCCGUCCGCAUGUCCCAAGCCCACGAAGCCAUCGGUCAGAUCAAGAGCCAAGAUGAAGACUCUCAAAUGAUGACGGAGGUGGACCUGUUCAUCUCCACCAAAGCUGUCAAAGUGCUGAACGCGGACACCCAGGAAACAAUGAUGGACAGCGCGUUGCGGACCAUCUCCUACAUCGCCGACAUCGGCAGCAUCGUGGUUCUGAUGGCGCGGAGGCGCAUGUCUGAGGCCUCAUCAGAGGACUUCUCUGAAGCGUCUGACACUGCCAGCGAAGGGGCGAGUCAGUACCGGAUGAUCUGCUACGUGUUUGAGUCAGAGGAUGCUCAGCUGAUCGCCCAGUCCAUCGGCCAGGCCUUUAGCGUGGCCUACAGAGAGUUCCUGCGCGCCAACGGCAUCAACCCGACCGACCUGAGCCACAAACAGUACAGUGACAUCAUCAACUCCCAGGAAAUGUACCACGAUGACCUCGUCCAUUUCUCCAACUCAGACAAUUGUAAAGAGCUGAAUGUGGAGAAGCAGAAAGGAGAAAGCCUCGGGGUGGUCAUAGUGGAGUCCGGCUGGGGCUCCAUUCUGCCCACCGUCAUCCUGGCCGGGAUGCUGAACAGCGGGCCGGCAGCUCGCUCUGGAAAGCUCAGUGUGGGGGACCAGAUCAUGUCCAUCAAUGACACAAGUCUGGUCGGGCUGCCACUGGCCGCCUGUCAGAGCAUCAUCAAGGGUCUGAAGAACCAGGUGAAGGUGAAGCUGAGCAUCGUGAGCUGCCCUCCCGUCACCACCGUCCUUAUCAAGAGGCCCGACCUCAAGUUUCAGCUCGGCUUCAGUGUCCAAAACGGCAUUAUCUGCAGUCUGAUGCGAGGUGGCAUCGCUGAGCGAGGCGGUGUUCGUGUUGGACACAGAAUCAUUGAAAUAAAUGGUCAGAGUGUCGUUGCCAUGGCGCACGAGAAGAUAGUUCAAACCCUGUCUCUCUCCGUGGGUGAGAUCAACAUGAAGACGAUGCCGGCGGUGAUGUUCAGACUGCUCACGGGGCAGGAGACUCCGGUCUACAUAUGAAGACGUCUGGCUGCGCCGGCACGGUGGAUGGGGGGGGCUCAGUAGGACGAGGAGAGUUUAUUUUUCUAUCAUUUUAUUUUCGGGCUCUGGUUGCGAUGCCGUAAAGAACACCUGGUUCUCAUUUUCAGGUUUUAUCUUAAAUUACAUCGUCAUAAUGGCCUUAUAAUGUGAAUACUGUCUGUAGUACUGUACGUGAGUUCAUGGUGUCGAGGAGAAGUAGCUUUACGGUCAUGAUUAUUUUCUUAUGAAGAGAUAAAUUAGUACAUUUAUUUUUUAUUUAGUCAUUUUUAUAAUGUGUCUGGGAAUUUAAAAAUUGUACUUGUACUGUAAAUACUUUGGAUUACUCAAGGAAGUGGUUGGAGAGGCCAUAUUACUCCUUCAGAAUACAGGAUGCAUGUGAUCACGAGGAUGAGAAGGGACAUUAUUAACCUACUACAAGUAUUAAAAGACAACAAAAAUAUGCUGUAUUAAGGCACUAAACUCUGUGUACUAUGGUGAUGCUGAAGGCCAAAGACACACCUAAUAUUCAAAGAUAUACAGUAUGGGUGAUCAUUACCUUUACCAGAGCGUAAAAGAAUGUAAUAAUAUACACAUUAUUGGAUGAAUGUAAUGAUGAAACACUGAAAAUACAA